UUUGUGCCGCAGCAGGAGGCCUGGGUGGUGGAGAGGAUGGGCAGGUUCCACCGAAUCCUCGAGCCUGGUUUGAACUUCCUCAUCCCUCUGCUCGAUCGGAUUCGGUACGUGCAGAGUCUCAAAGAAAUCGUCAUUAACGUCCCAGAGCAGUCCGCUGUCACCCUCGAUAACGUCACCCUGCAGAUUGACGGCGUGCUCUACCUGCGGGUUAUGGACCCCUACAAGGCCAGCUAUGGGGUGGAAGAUCCGGAGUAUGCAGUGACGCAGCUGGCCCAGACCACCAUGAGAUCUGAACUGGGGAAACUCUCCCUCGACAGAGUCUUUCGGGAGCGGGAGUCCCUCAAUGCCAACAUCGUGGAUGCCAUCAACCAGGCCUCGGACUACUGGGGCAUCCGGUGCCUGCGCUACGAGAUCAAGGACAUCCAUGUGCCCCCGCGCGUGAAGGAAUCCAUGCAGAUGCAGAGCGGGCAGCACUGGGUCCUCCCGCAGUGA